AUGAUUUCAUCGGAUCCUCACAACCAAGUUGACAAUUCUCCUACCCAUACCGCGAAUAAAUCACUUAACCCUCCUCUAAAACGUCGUCGGACGUCCUCUAAACUAGGCGCUUCUCCACCGCCUGCUUCAAAUGCCUAUUGUCCUUCAAAAACUCGGAUUCUUCGGGUGCUUCGAAAUGAUACCAGAGCCAAAGCGAUUUGCUUGCACGUCAAAUUCUCUGAAUCAAUGGAUAAGGAUUCUAUUGUAAUACUACAGAAGUCACCAUUUCCAAAUGACGUAGCAGAUUUAUGCGGGGCACAUGUAGGCACGGCGUUCACCGAAGAUGACCAAGAACAUGCUCUCCAAGAAGUCGACUUUCCUACAUGGAAGGCGAAUGAAGUAGUUGGCAAUGAUAUUUACCACCGAUUCACUGUAAAAUCUGGCUUAGAGGAAACUAAUGAUGUUAAUAUGACCGUUAUCCAUCCUGCGGAGUCUCACCACUUUGCCAAAUACUCAUCAUCAAGACGUCUUAUUACUUCGGAGACACCUGAGAUUUAUUCUAACGUCAUCGUGCCGUUCAUCUCGUCGAAUCCUAAGGACCUGAGGUGGGUUGAUAAUAUCCUCGAUGGAACGGCUGAGGCGGACCGUGUUUUGUAUUCUGAUGAAGAUGCUGAUCUGGGAUUCACACUCGUUCUGGAUUAUCGCUGGAAUGGUUGUCAACUGCACGAGCUCCAUGCCUUAGCGAUAGCACGAAACUCGCAAUUAACCUGUCUGCGGGACCUCAGGGCUUGCCAUAUUCCAAUGCUUAAAAAGAUGCUAUCGGAAGGAAAGCGAAAACUGGUAUUGAAGUAUAGUGACCAAGGGAAAGAACCGCUCCGUGAAGAUCAAAUCAUUGCCUAUUUUCACUAUCCACCGACCUUUUAUCGCCUGCACAUGCAUUUUAUACAUGUAGAUGGUCCUGCCGACGGCGGCACGCAGGUCGGUAAAGCGCACCUUGCGGAGGAUGUUGUUUUCAACGUUGAGAUGAAAAGUAGUUAUUACGCAGAACGAACCAUGGCCACUUAUCUUCAUGAGAACCACCCGUUCUUGCGUGCUAUUCGCGAUUAUGACGCUAAAUAA